AAGAGAUAGAUGUCCGUCCAUCUUUCCUUCCAUUCCAAACAUCAAACUCCCUAGCUAGCGUCUUGGUUUCCUUUCCUUUCUCCAAAUAUGGAGUCUCCUAUCAUUCUCAACUUUACAACUUGUCUGAUCUCUUGCUUUUGCAUGCUUUUAUUGUAUGCUUCCACACUGAACCCUGUUUUUGCUUUGAAAAACUGUGACUUUCCGGCAAUCUUCAACUUCGGAGACUCAAAUUCUGAUACCGGUGGAUUAUCUGCUACCCUUAUAACACCGACGCCGCCUUAUGGGGAGACCUAUUUUCACAUGCCCGCCGGAAGGUUCUCAGAUGGCCGGCUUAUGAUCGAUUUCAUGGCAAAGAGUGUCGGUCUCCCGUAUCUGAGCGCAUAUCUUGACUCCUUGGGGACCAACUUCAGGCACGGCGCAAAUUUCGCCACGGCUGCCUCCACAAUCAGACUGCCGGCAAGAAUUAUACCCGGCGGAGGCUUUAGUCCCUUCUACCUCGACAUCCAAUACUCACAAUUUGUGCAGUUCAAAGCCAGAUCACAAAGGCUAAGGGAAAAAGGGGGAAUAUAUGCAAGUUUAAUGCCCAAGAGGGAUUAUUUUCGAAAAGCUUUAUACACAUUCGAUAUCGGUCAGAAUGAUCUUGGUGAGGGAUUCUUUAGUAACAUGACUAUAGAGCAAGUCAAUGCUUCUGUCCCCGAUAUAGUCAACAAGUUCUCUACUAAUGUUAAGAAAAUAUAUGAUUUGGGAGCUAGAUCAUUUUGGAUCCACAACACAGGACCAAUUGGCUGCCUUCCCUAUAUUUUGGCCAAUUUUCUAUCAGCUCAAAGGGACAGCCAUGGCUGUGCCAAGCCCUAUAAUGAUGUAGCUAAAUAUUUCAACUACAAGUUGAAGGAGGCCAUUGUUCAGCUCAGGAUCGAUCUUCCUUUAGCUGCAAUUACACAUGUAGACCUCUACUCUGCCAAGUACUCUCUAUUCAGUGAACCGAAGAAACACGGAUUUGAGCUUCCACUUGUUGCUUGCUGUGGGUAUGGAGGGAAGUACAACUACAGCGAUAGUGUUGGGUGUGGAGGAACAAUCACAGUGAAUGGAAGCCAAAUAUUCGUGGGUUCAUGUGAAAGCCCCUCAGUUAGAGUAAAUUGGGAUGGAAUUCACUACACCGAGGCUGCUAACAAGUUUGUUUUUGACCAAAUUUCAACUGGGGCCUUUUCAGAUCCACCCAUUCCCUUGAAAAUGGCAUGUCAUCAUAUUUGAAAGAGUCAUAUUACUGUCUAAUUGUUAUACGUAUUAAUGUCUAAUAAUUGUAAACCAAGCACGGGCUAUAAUACUCAUUCCAAGAUUAUGAAAAUGAAUAGUGUUUGAAGUA